AUGAUGUUCACCAAGACCCUCGCUGCCUUCGCCUCCCUUGGCGCACUGGCCUCUGCUCUUCCUACGGCCAUUAAGAGCCGCGACACCAACAGCACCUCUGCCAGCACUGGCGGUGGUGUUACCAUCGUCAAUAACAUGGAUCAAACCAUCUACCUCUGGUCCGUCAGCAAUACCGCUGACAGCGAAAUGGUUACUCUGACCGCCGGUGGACAAGAUUACUCUGAGAACUGGCGCCUCAACCCCGACGGUGGCGGCAUCUCCAUCAAGAUGUCCACCACUCCCGACCAGUCAGAUGUCUUGCAGUACGAGUACACCCUCGUCGAGCCCACUAUCUACUGGGAUCUUUCUUGCAUCAACAUGGGCGGCAACUCCACUUUCACCACCGCAGGCUUUGCUGUCACCUCGAACGAUUCUGGCAACUGCCCUUCUGCCACCUGCAAGCCUGGUGACACUGCCUGUGCUGACGCUUAUCUCUUCCCCACUGACGACCAAGCCACUCACGGUUGCCCCGACACUGUCAGCAUGACUUUGAACCUUGGUCCUUCUUCUGCAGAAUAA